AUGAAGUACAAUGUGUUGACAGGGUCCAGAGUUUUGCCUUCCGCGGUCCGCCAGUUGCCGAUCCCUGGUUUAGACGUUUGUGAACCAGGUACCUCUUCUUCCAAUACUUAUGUAGAUACAUCUAAAAAAAGUAAUACAUAUGAUUUGACCACCAGUUCUAGUCCUACUGUUAUACAAUUGGUUAAAUCUAAAACGCUUCGUCCUAAAUUUUCACGUAAACUAAUAGAAACAACUGUACAAAAUCCUGCACCAAAAAAACAAAAAACAGAAGAAUUUAAAAAAUUAAAAUGGAAGAACGGUAACUUAGUUUAUGAACCUCAACUUAUCACCCACGAUGAAAAUUUACUGCCAAAAAUGCCAAAUGUUCGAGACUACUGGGGCGAACAUUUAGGGCUUUCUCAUGUAUAUAAUUCUUUAAGUCAAAAAAGAUUCGAAGAAAUACGUAGAUUUCUUCAUUUUAAUGACAAUAGCAAAAUGUUAGAAAAAGAUAAUAUACAUUAUGAUAGAUUAUAUAAAAUUCGGCCUCUUAUUGAUCAUUUAAAUAAUAAAUUUAACUCGAUUCCUUAUACAAGAGACUUGUCACUUGAUGAGCAGCUUUGCGCUACAAAAGCAAAAAGUUAUUUAAAGAAGUAUAUGCCUGCAAAACCUCAUAAAUGGGGUUUUGAAUUUUUCGUAUUGUGUGACUCAAAAGGAUUUUCAUAUCAAUUUGAAAUUUAUUCGGGACAAGAAAAUGAUCAACGAUUUCGAUCGCCAAAUGAACCAGAUCUCGGUGCUAGUUCUAACAUAGUUGUACGUCUUACUAGAAAUGUUCCACGCCAUAAAAAUCAUAUAUUAUAUUUUGACAAUUUCUAUACAAGUAUUCCAUUAGCUGCCGAUUUGUACAAAAAUGGAAUUUUGUGUCUAGGAACAGUGCGGAAAGACCGAUUACCCAAUAAUAAAAUACCUAGCGACCAAAUAAUUAAAAAAAGAUGUACGCGAAAAAUCGUAUAA